GGACUCCAUUUACUAUACAGGCCGGUUACAAUAUAUGAUAGUGCCCCUCCCCUGCUUUCAAGCUAGUAUCUAACAAACCAACAUAGUUUCAUAAUUUGGUCAAUUUCAAGUGUUUUCUCUCCUCCUUGAGUUUCAUUUCCUUUGAAUCCUCCUCUUGAUUAAGGGUGAUUGAUUCAUAUAUGUGUAUAUGGCUGCUGAUGCAUUUGAUGAGCAGUGUGAUUACCUGUUCAAGGCUGUUCUGAUUGGAGACUCUGGAGUUGGGAAAUCAAAUCUGAUCUCAAGGUUUGCAAAAGAUGAGUUCCGUUUGGAUUCAAAGCCCACGAUAGGUGUCGAAUUCGCUUACCGGAACAUUAAAGUCAGAGAUAAGCUCAUCAAAGCUCAGAUAUGGGACACUGCCGGCCAAGAAAGGUUUAGAGCUAUCACAAGCUCAUACUACAGAGGAGCCUUGGGGGCAAUGCUAGUGUAUGACAUAACCAGGCGACCAACAUUUAUGAAUGUGAUAAAAUGGUUACAUGAGCUGAGAGAGUUCGGAAAUGAGGACAUGGUGGUUGUUCUGGUGGCGAACAAAUCUGAUUUGGUUCAAUCAAGGGAAGUUGAGAAGGAAGAGGGAGAAGAGUUUGCAGAAAUAGAAGGGUUGUGUUUUAUGGAAACCUCUGCUUUGCAGAAUUUGAAUGUUGAGGAAGCAUUCUUAGAAAUGAUCACUAAGAUCCAUGACAUCAUAAGCCAGAAAAGCUUGGAAACCAAAAUGAAUGGGCCAACAACAUUAAGUGUUCCAAUUGGAAAGGAGAUUCAAGUAGCUGAUGAAGUGACUGCUACUAAACAAGCUAAUUGUUGUUCAAGAUGAGAGUUUCCUUGAUGAAUUUUAGCUACUAUCCAAGUGACUACGACUAAUUCAACAAUUGAUUCUUCCUAUUUUCCCACUUCGUAUUAUUUCCCCCCUUCCAUUGGGCUUUUCUUUUUAAUACAUAAUGCUCAUGGCAAUGUUUUAUGGAAGCAGUGAAUUGAUGUUAAAAUGUAAAUUAUGGUUUUCUCUUGUUAGUAGGUUCUUAGUUGUUACCAAACUUUUUGUCAAAUAAUUUCUUGAUUGUAGGAACAUUUUGUUGGAUGA